AUGUCCUCAAACGUCGGCCUCAGCACCCCGCGCGGCAGCGGCACAUCAGGCUACGUGCAGCGCAACUCCGCCCUCCUCAAACUCCGCAACACAGGCUACGGCGCCCCUACCCACCCCGGACCCAUGGACCGACCAUUCAAGCAGCGCAUGCCCGACAAGCAAAUCCUCGACCAUGACCGGAAGCGCGGGAUCGAGGUGAAAGUCAUGGAAGAGCGGGAGAGGCUGGAAGAGGAGAAUGAGCGGAUUGAAGAAGAGCAGAAGAAGAGUUCUAAGACUGUCAAAGACAAGGCAGAUAAGGAGGAGGAGGAGAAGGAGAAGGUGCUCAGUGAAGAAGAGAUUGAUGAACGGUGUGAUGCGCUGAGGAAGAGGUUGCUUGAUGAGCUUGAGGUGGAGAUGCAGAGGGGUGAGGCGUUUAAGAGGCCGCUUCCCGCUGGCAAUGGCAAGGAUAGACGGAAUUUGAAGUCUUAUCAGGUUCAUGAGCUUGCUGAGGCGAAGAUUGAGGAGACGGAGAGGUUGAGGAGGGCUUUUGGGUUGAGGGAGGAUAGGGAGACGGGGGUGAUUUCGAGUUCGAGGGAUCGGUAUCGGGAGAGGGAGAGGAGGGAUUGA